CGCGCGCCUGAGCCUACUCGACUCGGUGAGCUAUGGUGCGCCAGCUCUUUUUGCUCCUUGGGGCUGUCGCUGCCCACUCGUGGAUUGAGUGCUCCGACUAUCUCAUGACGUCGGUGGAAGACCGCAACUACUGGGACGCGUCCAAGUGCUUCGGGUAUCCCCGUUGCUCGGCAGCCCGCAACGGUGUCUUUGGCAACGAAGGCUCGCUCGACUACCAGUCCGCGAAGGGCAACUCGUGUCAAUGCGCGCAAGGCUCGAACAACGCUUACACGUCGACAUAUCCCAAGGCGACGUACGUGCCCGGGCAGCGCGUCUGCCUCGCGUACCCUGCCAAGAACCACGUGGCGGACCAUUGCACGAACCAGUACAUUCCGGACAACGGCAUGACCAUCUACCGGUCGACGGUCGGCGCGACGGCCGACCCUGCCCUAGGCCAGUGGCCCGUUCAGUACCCCAACACAACCAACGGCGAGCACGCGAACGGCGUCAUCGACUACAAAGGGUUCCAGAACUGCCCGAAAUUCUGCGAAAACAUGCCCAACGCGUUUUGCUCGCUCUGCUUUGACCUGGAGCCGGACCUCGCGCUCGGCACGUACACGUUCCACUGGGAGUGGCUCUUCAACGCCAAUCAAGCCAAGUACAUAUCGUGCUGGGAGGCUGACGUCGUCCAGUCCAAGUCCCACCCGACGCCAAGUUUCUUGCCAUCAACGACGGCGGCUCCGCAACCUCUCUCACCACCCGGAUCGACGCCUGCACCGAUGCCCUACCCGAGCGUCACACCGUCAGUGCAGCCAACGCCGGCUCCGACCAAUAAGUACGGUCCGUCGGGGACGGGCAGCGACUACUUCGAUUGCGACUAGCGACUACCACCCUUGUGACGUUGGCUACUUCUUUCAGGAUACUUCUGCGUCCAUGUUGUGCAAACUUGCUACUCAUUCGACCUAAAUUUUCUCACGACUAUUUCCGGGUGUGUUAUCUUGUUAUUACCGCUUGCGAGCAAUAGUAACAGGGUAGUGUAUUUGGUCCACGAGCGA